AUGGCACUCACACAGGACCCCAACUUCCUCAAGCUGCAGGAAUGGUACACAGCCCACGCCCUGCAACUCAACAUGAGGCACAUGUUUGAGGCCGACAAGGAGAGAUUCAACAAGCUCAGCCUCACCCUGAACACUGAGGAUGGAGACAUUCUUCUGGAUUACUCCAAGAAUCUGGUCACAGACGACGUCAUGAAGAUGCUGAUUGAUCUGGCCAAGUCCAGAGGAAUGGAAGCCGCAAGAGAGAAGAUGUUCAAAGGAGAGAAGAUCAACUUCACUGAGGACCGGGCUGUGCUCCAUGUGGCUCUGAGGAACCGCUCCAAUACUCCCGUCAUGGUCGGUGGCAAGGACGUGAUGCUUGACAUCAACAAGGUCCUGGAGAAGAUGAAGGGCUUCUGCCACAGAGUCCGCAGCGGCGAAUGGAAGGGCUACACAGGAAAGGCCAUCACAGAUGUUGUUAAUAUCGGCAUUGGGGGAUCUGACCUUGGCCCUCUGAUGGUGACUGAGGCCCUGAAGCCUUACGCGAAGGAUGGACCGCGUGUGUGGUUUGUGUCCAACAUUGACGGAACGCACAUCUCCAAAACCCUGGCCCACCUCAAUGCUGAGACCACCCUCUUCAUCAUCGCAUCCAAGACGUUUACCACUCAAGAGACCAUUACCAACGCUGAGUCGGCCAAAGAAUGGUUCCUGGAACACGCCAAAGAUGUGACUGCUGUUGCCAAGCACUUUGUGGCCCUGUCUACAAACGCUCCCAAAGUGAAGGAUUUCGGCAUCGACACAGAGAACAUGUUUGAGUUCUGGGAUUGGGUUGGUGGUCGUUUCUCCUUGUGGUCUGCGAUUGGCAUGGCCAUUGCCCUGCACAUUGGCUUCGACAACUUUGAGAAGCUUCUUUCAGGAGCUCACUGGAUGGACAACCACUUCCGCACCGCUCCUCUAGAAAAGAACGCGCCGGUCCUGCUGGCGAUGCUUGGCAUCUGGUACAUCAACUUCUUCCACGCUGAGUCGCACGCCAUGCUGCCCUACGAUCAGUACAUGCACCGCUUCACUGCCUACUUCCAACAGGGAGACAUGGAGUCCAAUGGAAAAUACAUCACUAAAAAGGGAGAACGUGUCAACUACCACACUGGGCCAAUAGUGUGGGGCGAGCCAGGAACCAAUGGGCAGCAUGCGUUCUACCAACUCAUUCACCAAGGAACACGUAUGGUUCCCUCUGACUUCCUGAUCCCUGCUCAGUCCCAGCAUCCCAUCAGAGACAACCUGCACCACAAGAUCUUGCUGGGAAACUUCCUGGCCCAGACCGAGGCCCUGAUGAAGGGUAAGACCACAGAGGAGGCCAGGAAAGAGCUGGAGGCCAGCGGCGUGAGUGGAGAUAAUCUGGAUAAGAUCCUGCCUCAUAAAGUCUUCCAGGGAAACAGACCAACCACCUCAAUCAUCUUCAAGAAAGUGACACCUUACACACUUGGAGCACUUAUAGCGAUGUAUGAACACAAGAUCUUCAUCCAGGGUCUGAUGUGGGAGAUCAACAGUUUUGACCAGUGGGGAGUGGAACUGGGCAAACAGCUCGCAAAGAAGAUCGAGCCCGAGCUCAAGGACAAGACAGAGGUCCACUCCCACGACUCCUCCACCAACGGACUCAUCAACUUCCUCAAGAAGAACUUUUCCUGA